UUUCCUUUUAUCGCGUCUCGUGGCUCUAGGUGGACGCAGUCUUAACCUAUGAAAGCGAACCUGAUUUCGAAAGCUCAGAGUAUCCUUCUCCCUUCGGCCAUCGCCAACCUCGUCGAAGCCUGUUCGGAUUUGAUGCGUGCCAAGUUCUGCGUGCCGGCCGGAGUCCUUCCCUGAGUGUUUUUUGAAGACCGUGAAACGCCUGUUGGCAAGUGCCCCCCAUGGUCCUCAAAUUCACCAAUCAGCAGAGCCAUAUACAGGCAGAGGCCGACGAAAAAAGCAAUGAGUCCCAGAUUGCACGGUUUUACCAAGAUCGAGUGGUGUUCAUCACCGGAGGAACGGGCUUCAUUGGAAAGGUUCUUCUAGAAAAACUUCUACGAUCAUGUCCUGGCCUGAAGCGGGCCUACCUCCUCGUGCGCAGCAAACGUGGGGAAGAACCACAGGCGAGACUCGAAAAGAUGUUCAACUCCCAGAUGUUCGACCGCCUGAAGCAACAACAGCCAAAUGCUCUUGAAAAAGUAACGGCGUUGGCAGGAGAUUUGACUGAACCAAACCUGGGACUGAGUGCGUCUGAUGAGGCUGUCUUGAUGGAUAACGUGUCCAUUGUUUUUCACUCAGGUGCCACAGUCAGGUUUGAUGAACCUCUCAGGAAAGCCGUUGAGCUCAACGUUCUCGGGACAAGGCGUGUCCUGGACCUCUGCAGGCGGAUGCCACAUUUUUCUGCUCUUGUUCAUGUAUCAACAGCAUAUUCCAACUGUGAUAAAUCGGACGUGCUUGAGGUGAUAUAUCCCCCACCUUUGGGUGCCGAAAAAGUUGUUGAAGUCAUUGAGUCCGCAGGUAAAGACCGCAACAGUAAUGUGGAAGAGCACCUGUUCGGGCAGCCCAACACGUACACUUUGACGAAGAGUUUGGCUGAAUCCCUGUUGCUGGAAGAGCGAGGAGAUAGGCCCGUCGCUAUUGUGCGUCCUUCCAUUGUCACUGCCUCGAUGAGGGAGCCAGUUCCGGGUUGGAUAGACAAUUAUAACGGCUGCACAGGAAUAAUUGUCACGCUCGCUCUGGGGCUGCUACCCUCAAUACUGGCAGGACAAGAAGUGCAUAGCGACGUCAUUCCUGUCGAUGUUGUGGCCAACAUGCUAAUAUGCGCUGCUUGGCACACUGCCGUCACAAGACCCAAGAACGUGAAGGUUUACCACUGCACCAGCGGCGCCCUGAAGAGCCGCACAUGGGGUGAUUUGGCUGAUGCGACGCAGAAGAACAUUUUGCGGCACCCGCUUCCAGAUGCCAUCCGCUUUCCCAAGUUUACAAUGACAAGCAGCCAGCUGUGGCAUGAAAUGAACCUCUGGUGUGUGCAUUAUCUGCCCGCAUGCCUCAUAGAUCUGGCGUUGCAGCUCUACGGACAGAAGCCGAGGUUCGUACGCCGCUAUCAGAAGAUUCGUAACGCCAUGGAUACUCUGCAGUACUUCACCACUCACAGCUGGAUGUUCAGGACCGACAAUGUCUUGGAUCUUGUGCGUGAACUCUCUCCCACGGAUGCGAAGCUGUUCAACUUCGACGUUCGAACCCUCGCAUGGAGUCAGUAUUGGAAAAAUUACAUAUUAGGAAUUCGGAAGUACCUGUUCAAGGCUGACGAUGCCAAAGAACCUGACGCACGGAAACACCUGAAACGGCUCUACGCCCUGCGCUUGUUCUUUCAGGCGCUCCUGUUCUUCUUUUUGUGGCAGCUGGUGACGACACCGGUAGCGUGGAACCUGUACUCUUUCACGAAGGCGGUUGCACGACGGACGUGUGAAACGCUACUCGUCAUGCUGGAUAUGCUGCCCAACUAGUAGCAGGCACUGCGUAUGCCUAAAACCUCAUCGGCACCACUUUCCCAGUGGUCCCCAGUCCGUUGUUUUAUGCUGCAGUAUAUAGUUGCAACUGCGGUGAAACUCGCAAAGCCUUAGUGACUUUAGUAGGAAAACUUCGAAGAAGUGUCACGCGACAAUAAUACAUUUAAUUGCUAUAAUGUAUGGUGGAUGGAAACGAAUCCUUUGUUUUCGCCUUGUCUGCACCGCUUCUGAAAAAUGUAAUAAGCACAUAACAUGCAAAAAGAAACAUUUUAUCACGGCUCAUGUCACCACCUGAUUGCGCAGUUCACCCUCUCUCUCCGGUGAGGAGGAGAAGUACGCACCUGAAGGUUCUUAUUUACUAUGUAGGCACGAUUGUUUAGCUGUUUUUCUAACUAUUCAAGUAAACGCAAAAA